UAGUUCUUUACAUUUAAUAAGUAAUGCGAUGGGAAUUUUAAGUGGUUCUCGUAAGUUAGAAGAACUUUUUACUAACACCGAUGCUCUUCCAACCGAGUCUUCAAAAGCUCAGACUGAUACUGAGGUAUCAGUAUACGAAUUGUUCAAAGAUGCAAGAGACAAGAAAUUGAUAAACACAAUUAAGCUUAACAGAGGAUCUCAUAUUAAAUAUGUAAAAGACGGUCUAAAAGGAUUGCCUAGUUAUCUUGUGGCAUUGGAUGCUAGUAAACCUUGGUUAUGUUUUUGGAUGUUAUAUUCUCUGGAUAUACUUGGUGAUGAAUUAUCUCAAGAUUUAGUUAAAAAAGGUAUUUCGACUAUUACUAAGUUACAAAAUCCCACCGGUGGGUUUGGAGGAGGUCCGGGUCAGAUAUCACAUGCCGCUGCCACAUAUGCAGCUGUAAACGCGUUGGCGACUAUAGGAACCAAAGAAGCUUAUGAUUUAAUCGACAGGGAAACCCUAUAUAAUUGGUUUCUUAAGUUGAAAAGGGAAGAUGGAUCGUUCGUUAUGCAUGAGGGAGGUGAAGUUGAUGUGCGUGGGGCAUAUUGUGUCUUAUCUGCGGCCACGCUAACAAACUUGGUUACGCCAGAGCUGACGGCAGGAACUGCUGAAUGGAUUAAACGAUGUCAAAAUUAUGAUGGAGGAAUUGGAGGUGAACCAGGAAUUGAAGGACAUGGCGGAUACACGUUUUGUGGCCUUGCUGCCAUGGAAAUUAUGGGAAAAACUGAUUUACUUGAUAUUCCGCUGCUUUUGCGUUGGGCAACCUCUCUUCAAAUGCAAUUGGAAGGUGGUUUUCAAGGACGACCGAAUAAAUUAGUUGAUGGUUGUUAUUCGUUCUGGGUUGGUGGCUUGUUUCCUUUAUUGGAAGCGAUAAUGACAAGGAAUCUUCCCGAGAAAGAUGUGGAACAAAGUAACUCCGAAGUUUCGAAGUAUAUUGCUCAAUCAUUAUUUGACAGAGAAGCACUUCAAGAAUACAUCUUAAUCGCUUGUCAAAGUCCUAAGGGCGGAUUGAUUGACAAGCCAAAGCGUGGUGCAGAUCAUUAUCAUACUUGCUAUUGUCUUAGUGGACUUUCUACUGCUCAACAUCAUGUAAUUUAUGAUUUUGAAAGAGCGAAAGGAAAAGAUUUAGAUUCAGGAGCCAGAUCAUUACUAUGGAAAGAUGAUGUUACAAAUCGAAUUGUACUAGGAGAUCCAAAUAAUUUAAUUAAUUCCACGCAUCCAAUUCAUAAUGUUGCUUUGCCUAAUGUCCGGAAAAUGAUUGAACAUUUUUAUGGGGAGAGAAACUUUUAAGAAUGACCUAUUAUAAUAUACCAUUUAAUUCAUUUAAUUAAUCUUUUUAUGUACAUUAUGUACAAUAAAUAUGUUUUAUUAAGAGUUUCAUUUAAAGGUGUAAGUUUUUCCCUCAAUUUACAAUGC